GCCCCUGUAAGAGCGAUGACGGAGUACAAGCUUGUGGUGGUGGGCGCUGGAGGUGUGGGGAAGAGCGCCCUGACCAUCCAGCUAAUUCAGAACCACUUUGUGGACGAGUAUGACCCCACCAUAGAGGACUCCUAUCGGAAGCAAGUGGUCAUUGAUGGAGAGACGUGCCUACUGGACAUCUUAGACACAGCAGGCCAGGAGGAGUACAGUGCCAUGAGGGAUCAGUAUAUGCGCACAGGGGAGGGCUUCCUCUGUGUGUUUGCCAUCAACAAUACCAAGUCCUUCGAAGACAUCCAUCAGUAUAGGGAGCAGAUCAAGAGGGUUAAGGACUCGGACGAUGUGCCAAUGGUGCUGGUGGGAAACAAGUGUGACCUGGCUGCACGUACUGUGGAGUCUCGGCAGGCCCAGGACCUUGCCCGCAGUUAUGGCAUCCCCUACAUUGAAACAUCAGCCAAAACCCGGCAGGGUGUGGAGGAUGCCAUCUACACACUGGUGCGUGAGAUCCGGCAGCACAAGCUGCGGAAGCUGGCCCCGCCAGACGAGAGUGGCCCCGGUUGCAUGAGCUGCAAGUGUGUGCUGUCCUGACGCCAGGCUCAGAACGUGGAGGUGCCGGAUGCGAGGAGGAGGUGCAGACGGAAGGAAGGAAGGAGGAGGGAAAGAAGGAAGGAAGGAAGCGAUGCUGGAGCCUGACCAGCCCAGGGACGAUGGAAAGAGGUGGCCAAGACCCUCACUGGACGCUUUGCACAGACUGUCAUGAACUGUCUCUGUCGCCACUGGCACCUCAGCCCUUGACCCUCCCAGCUCCCUCUGGGUUCCUAUUGGGUGCAGGCUGAAUCACAG